AGGAUUUGAGAAUCGGAGAAAAAGACAUGUAAUAAGUCUAUUGUAUAGUGGUUUUAAAAAACGUAUACAAAAUGAUUCCAGGAGCACUCUUGAUAGAUAUUCUAUUAGCAUUUUGCUUUGCUGCGACUUUAUUAUAUAAAUAUGGGAAUAUUUUUCGACAUCACAUUUUUGUUACAAUUUCUGUGCUCAUAGCAUGGUACUUCUCACUGCUGAUAAUAUUUAUAUUACCUUUGGAUGUUUCAUCUACUGUUUUUAGACAAUGUGUAGAACAAAACAUUCAUAAUACCACUAAAGGGAGUCCUGAUGGUACAACAGCAAUACCAUCUCAUACUUGCAAGGAACCUUGGCCUAAUGUUCCGGAAAAUGUAUUUCUAAACUUAUGGAGAAUUGUAUAUUGGACUUCACAGUGUUUAACAUGGUUAAUAUUACCGCUCAUGCAGUCUUAUAUAAAGGCAGGGGAUUUUACUGUCCAAGGAAAACUGAAGUCUGCCUUGAUUGAUAAUGCUAUAUAUUAUGGAAGUUAUUUGUUCAUAUGUGGCGUUCUGCUAAUAUAUAUAGCAUUAAAACCUGGUUUAGAUCUUGAUGGGCAAAAGCUGAAGGCCAUAGCAUCAUCCGCAUCAAAUACGUGGGGUUUGUUUUUGUUGGUACUGCUUCUCGGAUACGCGCUCGUAGAAGUCCCUCGUGGAUUAUGGAAUGCCAGCAAACCUGGAUACACUUUAAAUUAUAGCUACUUUAAAGUUGCUAAGUUAAGUUUAGACAAGUGCGAGGCAGAGGAAACAGUGGAUGAUAUACUCGAGUCGCUGCAAGCUGCUGCAGUGUCUAUUGGACCGGGACAUCCAUUUCACUGCAACUUGGAGACAAUUUUCCAAAAGAUCCCCGCAGAGUUGAAGGAUAGAAUGAACCGGAGGCAGUUACCCGAUGAUACACCGAUAGAUACACCAUCUGAAAAAUCAUUGAUUCGUCUACAUAGACAAACUAUAAAAGCACUGCAAACUUUACAACGCAUAGAAACACAAUGGGGAAUCUUGGUUAAUAAAAUAAUUGAUUUGGAAGAUAUAGCAAAGAAUCAAGAAAGUCAUGACAGAAGAUUUAAACCAACUUUUCCCGCACAUCGUUCGUUUCCACUUCGUGUUAUUUAUAAUCCAGUUAUUGAGUGGUAUUGGAAAUGUUUCGUAAAGAGUUACGUCCAAAAAAUAGCAGCUAUUACUGCUGGUUGCCUUUCGGUAGCUGUUGUAUGGUCAGAAGUUACUUUCUUCAACAAAUCUCCAGUGCUAUCGUUGUUCGCUCAGUUCUUGAAUUUAGCCAGGAAGAAUUAUGAUUAUUUUACAAUUGAGUUACUGUCAAUGCUGAUAAUUGCGUAUCUGUGUUAUUGUGCUUAUUCGACUGUCUUAAAAAUUCGCGUCUUGAAUUUGUAUUAUCUGGCGCCACAUCAUCAAACUAACGAAUACAGUUUAAUAUUUAGCGGUAUGAUGUUGUGUCGUUUAAUGCCACCGAUGUGUUUAAAUUUCUUGGGUCUUAUUCAUAUGGAUUCGCACAUUAUAAAAACUCAUAUACUGGAAACUCAUUACACGCAGGUAAUGGGUCAUAUGGAUGUUAUUUCCAUUAUAUCCGAUGGAUUUAACGUGUACUUUCCGAUGGCUAUUUUAGCAUUUUGCCUAGCAACAUAUUUCAGCCUAGGAAGUAGAUUACUUUCUAUGUUAGGUUUCCAACAGUUUCUUGACGAUGAUGAGUUCACAACAGAUCUUGUCGAAGAAGGUCGAGAAUUGAUAAAGCGAGAGAGACGCAAACGACAAAGGGCAGAAGACUCAAUGUGUAGAAGGCGUGAGUUUCAAGAAAGAUUUAGUAGCACUGGAACCUCGUCUCGUUACAGGACGUCGCGACAAAGUACAGAUACAGUACGACCGUUAAAACGAGAUGAGUCAGUAGAAUCGGCUAGGGCCGGGCUACUACGUGAUUUUGAUCCUACGGAUUAUUACAUCGGAAUGACUUCUGGUGUCGAUAGUUAUGGUGCAAAUAACAGUUACGAUAGAGACUAUCAGGUAGAUGAUUUUUAUGACGAGCGUAUAGAUAAUGCAAGAGCAUUUACCACAAACACCAAUCGCGUGGGACCACCGCCGAGAGGAUUGUUUGACGAUAUUUAA